AUGUCCGCCGCCACCGCCGCCGCCAUCGCCGCACUUCGGCCGACUGAGCCAUUUCCCCUCCCGAGCGACCUAUCCCUGGCGCGGCGCCUCAAGCUGCUCCUCACCUUCUCCCGCGCCGACCUCUCCGUCAGCCCCGUCGACGAGUGGCAGCUCAAGUCCGCGCUCCUCGCCUUCCUCCGCAACCCGCCGCUCUCCCUCUCCCUCCUCCAGGACUCCGACCUAUCCGUCAGCCGCCUUCCCGACCUGCAGAAGCGCCGCCGCGAGGACCCCGUCGCCUCCGGCGUCCUCUACGUCCGCGAUCUCUCCUUCCUCAACCGCAAGGGGGGCGACGAAGCCGAGGCGAUGACCCGAGAGCAGGAGGAGGAGAAGUACUCGCAGUGGCGGAGCUCCCUGGUCGAGAAGCUCGCUGGCAUCGAGCUCAACCUUAAGGGGGUUGUAUACCAGAUGAGCGUCGAGAUCCCCGCCUCUGACGAUUUCAAGGCGAUGAAGAAGUCAUGGGAGGAUUUCUACGCCUCCGAGCUCUAUAGUAUCAGGAAUCCGGUGAGGAAGAUAGCGAAAAGACCAGACACGAUUCUUGUCCGAGGCGUGCCGUCCAGGUGGUUUGCCGAGACGAGGAUAUCAUCCAAGGCGUCCACAUUGGUCACCCACACUAUCUUCUCGGCGCUUGGUAAAAUAAGGACCUUGAAUAUUUCUAAUGAUGAUGAAUUGGGAGCAAGUAAAGAUGAGACUAAUAAGGGUCUCAUAUCUGGACUUAAUUGCAAGGUGUGGGUGCAAUUUGAGAGUUACGAUGACUUCCACGAUGCAAUGAAGGCAUUAUGUGGACGUUCAUUAGAGAAGGAAGGAUCACGGUUGAAAGUAGACUAUGAAGUGACUUGGGACAGUGAAGGUUUCUUUCGUAAUGCACAAUACGAGCCUGCUCAGACCAAACUAGAAGAAAGAGAUGCACCGGUACAUGGAAGGAAGAAACAUUACACCUCGCGAAUCGAGUCAGAUCAUAGGAAGAGAUUCAGGGAUUGACGGCACAUAGCCAUAAAGACAUGACAGAUGAGGAGUUACAUAAGGAGAGGGAAAAUUGUAGCUGUUGUACCCUAUUCAUUUUCCAAAGUUUCUCAGUAGCCUAACAGCAAAAUCAUUCUAGUUGAAUUGUUGAUUUGUAGUUACUGCUGCUAGUUUGGUACCUGGUUGAUAUCCAAAGAUAGACUGA